ACCUAGUGGGGCCUUCGUGCUGCUCUGGGACUUUGAAGCGUCCCAAAGUACACGUGCUGGUACUCUUGGGGGGCACGAGGGAUAACAAUACCUGCUGAUGCAAUUGCGGAAAGACUCCGAGAGAGCCAUUUGUCUCCUGGUGUGUUUAAGAGAAGGACAGUGAGAGGAUAGUGAGAGGAUAGUGAGAGAGGAUAGUGACAAGAUAGUGAGAGGAUAGUGAGAGAGGAUAGCGAGAGGAUAGCAAGAGGAUAGCGAGAAGAUAGUGAGAGGAUAGCAAGAAGAUAGUGAGAGGAUAGCGAGAGGAUAGUGAGAGUGAGAAGAUAGUGAGAGGAUAGAUACUGAGAUUGAGACGAUAGUGAGAGGAUAGUGCGAUACGGUAGUGUGGGAAGGCCGAAGAGAAUGGUGCGCAGGUGUCAUGUGUUGGGGCGUGAGGAAGCUAGAAGUGCCUAAGGAGACUUCUGAUGACGGCAUGCAAUCCAGAAAUGGAAACGAAGAUCUAUUUCCAGAAUAGGAAACACAAGGCAAGUUGCAAUGUCCAAAGCAUGAGAUUCUGUGGAGUGGGUUGGACGACUAGCGUCUUUUCCCAAAUAGAACGCCCGGCGCACGGUCAUUACUGCUGCAUCGGGACGGAAAGUUGAUCCAAAAAACAUCUAUAAUGACCGGGCGUUCUAUUUGGGUGAAGACGAUAGGUUCAGCAAGUGAAAUGGGCUGAGGUCAGUCGACAUAAACUGUGCCACGUGGUGAUUUGGUCGGACAGCUUGAUGCCGCAAGUGAAACAGAUUGGGCGGAGCACAUCGACCAUAAAUUGUGCCUGGUGCAGGCUGGUUUGGACGGCUGGCUGCGCCGACAAAAAUGGAUUGGGCUUAGUGCAUUUGGACAUUCACUUCUCCAGGUACAGGCUUGGUUGGACAUGAACUGCGCCAGGUGCAGCCUUGGCUGUGCAGGUUGGUGUAGUUCACAGAGCUGGUCAGGCUGAGCACAUCUGAUAUAAACUUUGCCAGAUGCUGCAGGCUUGGUUAGAGAGUUGGCUGCAGUUCGUAACGCUGGCUGGGCUGGGCGCAUCGGAUAUGCACUAUGCUGGCUGCAGGUCUGGUUGGAAACUGGACUUGCUAACUGUAUCUGGUUAAUCUGCGCACAUUGGACAUGAACUUGGGACAUGAAAUGUGCGAGGUACAGGCUUGGUUGGACAAGCUGUGUGGACUAUACGCACAACCGCGGGUCGGACCGAGCCGCCGUGUCCAAGCCGUUACUCGCUGUUUGCAAACGGACAUGAAUUCUGCCACGGACGGUGGCAGGUUUGGGCGAUUGGGUGCUACUGAUUAAGACCGUGUACUGGGCUGAGAGCGCAGAUGAGCACAAAAUGAUGCCAGAUGGAGGCUUGGUUGCGAAGCCGGUUGCACCGCGUGAUGCGUUUUUUUUUUUUUUUUUGUGGCGAGUGCGGCCGGACUGGUUUGACGACUAGUCUACUAAGCAACGCUGCUCGGGCUGAGUGCAAGAAUUAUGCCAGGUACAAUCUUGGGGCAGCUGACUGCAGCAUGUGGAGCUGCGGGAGGGGAGCACACGCAUCGCGCUGAAACCGCACCCCAAGCUCAGGCUUGGACAGCCAGCUGCACGGCUUUUGAACGGUUGGCCCGCGUACAUACCAUGCAGAUUUCUUUGUUGAAAACGCAAAUUGAAUAGUGGAAAGCGUUUGACAAACCUUCGUUAAGGUUUGUCGAACGCUAUCCCUUUUCCACGGGUGAUGGAACGUAGGACUUGUCCGAGCUCGGUCGCGGGGAGUGACAUACAAAGGUGGUGGGUGCGAGUCGUGCAACCUGCGGCGGAUGAUAUUGUUCGUGGCUGGGACGCCGGUAAGCUGGGGCAGAUCUGUUUGUGGAACUUUGCGCUCUGUGUCGAACGUUUGUUGUCGUGUACUACCAUCUUUCUCAGAACUUUCGCCGAUAGUGCACUGCACACUCAUCAUGAGUGUAUGUAUGCAAGCUAUCUUUCGAGUCCAAAUGCAAUCAUGAUGAGCUCGUGUUGUGUUAGGGAGAAGGCGGUAGCAGCAACAUCUGUCACAGGCUCUAGCUGUGGUAUCCGCACCACGUGCUAGCUGGGACGCAUCCAUGCAGUGCUCUGCCGUCUUCCCUGAAAGAACACACCCUGAUCAUGACUGUAUACAAGCUAUCUGUCGCGUCCGAUGAGCUCAGGAUGAGGGACCKCGUGCUAGCUGGGGCACAUGCAGUGCUCUGCCGUCUUCCCUGAAGAGAACGCACCCUGAUCAUGACUGUAUACAAGCUAUCUGUCGCGUCCGAUGAGCGCAGGAUGAGGGACCACGUGCUAGCUGGGGCACAUCCAUGCAGUGCUCUGCCGUCUUCCUUGAACAGAAUCCACCCUGAUCAUGACUGUAUACAAGCUAUCUUUCAUGUCCGAUGAGCUCAUGAAGAGGCUGCGUUGUGUUUGGACGAAGGCGGCCGCUUGGGAAUUGGCAACAUGUGCUAGCUAGCUGGGACAUCUGUGCUGUUUUUUCCCCCCCUCUGACCAGAUUGGUUUCCUCUGGGCCAGAUUGUUGUACGUACACACAGCGUUCCAUAUCGGAUAUCGCCUGUGUAUGCCGGAAUCGGACCAUAUUGGAUGUAUGCACUGUGCUCUGUGUUGCGGGCACGAGGGCAGUGUAGUAUGGUCAACUCGCCAACCGGAAACGAACCACCAGGGGAAGCACGGAGAUGCUCAUCGUACGGUCAGCGGAUCGUAACAAAAGCGAAGUAAAUCAAUUUGAUCCAAGAGCCGUAAAUGAUACAAGCAUAGAAGUGCGAAGAGAGCGAAGCCGGCGAUGCUUCGUCAGAAGAUAGACGAGCAUGAGCUUCAUGGAACGAAAGCUGGUCGUCAAAGAGGCUCGGCCAUGCAAUGGGUUUAUGAAAACACACGAACUUAGCAAGUUGCUGCGAUCACUUCAGAAAACAUUUGACAGAGCGUUUUUCCGUGCGCAUUUUUCAGCAACUACUGCUCCAAGAAAGAUGUUCAUCUUUUUUUUUUUUUUUUUUUUUUUUCAGAACAAGAGGUUCACCUUCUUAACUUCAUGCAGGCUAAGCGCUUUUCCGUCCGUGCGCAAUUUUCGGCAACGACUAGUGCAAGAAAGAGGUUCACCUUCUUAACUUCAUGCAGGGAUGCUGGACCCGUUUUCCAGCAGGUGCUGGCUGCUCCACACCAAUAGAUUGGAGCAACCAGGCGGCCCGCUAGGAGGGGAUGCUCUCGUAUCACUCGCCCUAGCGUGGUCGGGGGGGUUAAAAAAAAAAAAAAAAAAACGCAGUGUGCGCUUUUCCACACACAUUUCAAGUAUUGGUUCAAGAAAGAUGUUCAGCUCAAGAUCCAUGCAGGCGGAUUGCGCAGACAAGCCUUAGGCACAAGAAGAUCGUCGAUCACGAGCGACAAUUUCCACGCUUGGGUCCUGUGCUGCUAUGAUCAUAAGACCCUGUCUGCCUUCGUGCUCGAGCUGCGUUGGUUGACGAAGCUCCAUGUGUGCACGCAGCUAUGCCUGCUGUUUGAGAUCUAUGGCACAUGUAGCAGGCUCUACUUGUGGUUGGUUGAGCUAUAUGGCAUAUAGAGAGAGCUGCUGCGGACAGUAAUAUCCGUCUGUUUGGGCUGCUGUGGUUGAAGAAGUGAAUAGAACAGGGGCGUGACCACAGACGGAUAUGGGUAAUCGAUCGGAAAUAGCAAGCACCGAAGUCCGAACCUCCGAUUAGAGUGGACCGACAGCAGGCCUUGUUAGCAGCAAGAAGAUGCAAAUCUCAACAGUCUCGACAUGUGCAAGGAGAAAGAAAGAAAGAAAGAAAGAAAGAAAGAAAGAAAGAAAGAUAGGAGUGAAGAGGUAGGGAAGGGAGACGAAGAGAGACGCAGUAGGAUACAGUGGACGAAGGUAGCAGGAAUCAUGUAUAAGCAGUAUUAAGCACCAUUACU